AUGCAUCUUCCUUCAGCACUUUGGUUGACGGCAGCCCUGUCGACACCCGUGUCGGCCUUGAAUCUUCCUCAAUGGGGACAAAAGGCCAUUGACACGGGUGUGGCUCUUCAAGGCCUCAACACACUGGCUUCGAAGAUUGCCUACCAAAGGCUCAAUGGAAAAUGCAACAAAAAUAAUGUCAGGGUCAGAAAGGAAUGGCGCAACCUUUCCAAAUCCGAGAGGCGAGACUACCUCAAGGCCUUCAAGUGUAUCUUGGACACUCCCAGUAGUCUUCCUGCAGGCGAAGUUCCCGGCGCUCUCUCUGCCUAUGACGACUUCAUUUACCUACACUUGAACGUGACACCUAUUAUUCAUAACACGGGUACAUUCCUUCCCUGGCACCGCUACUACAUCCACGGGUUCGAGCGAGCUCUUCAAAAGUGUGGCUACAAAGGCCCCUUCGCUUACUGGAACCACGGUCUCGACGUCGACAACCUCCUUGCCUCCCCUAUCUUCGACGGUUCUGAUACCUCGCUCGGUGGCAACGGCGAUCCGCUCCCUCACGGAGACUCAGGCUUCAUCUUUCCGGGCUUCACCGAAGUGAAUAUUAUCCCGGCAGGGCCCAACGGCCGCGGUGGUGGUUGCGUAACCAAGGGUCCUCCCGGCAUCGCUGGCAUGCAGACGCAUCUCGGGCCCGUAGCGCUGCCCAAAUACGGAGAACCCGGCAACUUGACUACGGCAGAGAAUCCGCUGGCUGACAAUAAGCGGUGUUUUACGCGUGACUUGAGCGAAGGGUUGGGGAGAAAGUUUGCUACGUUCAGAAACACGACGGAUCUUAUUCUAAAGAGCAAGAAUAUUUUCGAGUUCUCGAGUCUGCUGCAAGGCGACCCUCGCUACCACCCUAGGCACGCUGGGGAAUUCACUUCACCGGACAUUACAUGUUCGGUGGUGAUCCCGGGGGCGAUGGGUUCACCGGACCCGGUGACCCGGCCUUCUGGGUUCAUCACGCGCAGCUCGAUCGCCUCUGGUGGAUCUGGCAGAACUUGGACUUUGGGGACCGGCAGGGCGUCUGGGGCACACACACGAACCUCGAUUUGCCCCCAAGCGCGAACGUCACGACGGACGAGACAAUUGCCAUCGGCCCAACAAUGCCUGAUGUGCAAAUAA